AUGUUGAUCUCAGAUAAGUAUGCCACUUCUGCAAACAGAAGUAAACAUUUGGAUCUGGGCUAUCCAAUUACUACCGUGCUUGGCACUAAACUGUACAUGGAUCCGAAUUUGUUUGGUGUAAAGGUCGCAGUCAGGGACAGCGAAGGACACGAAAUCGUUGUCUCUACUGCUGAUGCAGAGCACAAGGAUUACCUUUUGAACCAGCUACCCCACAAUAUCCGUGAAAUAGCUUUAAUCGUGCUCCAAUUCCGUGCCGAGGUAGAAAUUGGCACUGAUGUAAAACCUAGCGAUAUGAAUAAGUAUGAACGCACUCUCAUCGAUUAUUUC